AUGCCUAAUUCUGUGUUGAUGUCUGCCAUUUUACCUACCACUGCCGAAGCAAGGAACAUAGUCCAAAUACCCAAGUUUGUUGAUUGGCGCCUCACUGCGGCCGACCUUGUUUUGCGAGAUGCGUUAGGAGAGCCUUUGAAUGAGCCACUUAAAGCAUACGGUUACUCCAUGGACAACAAGAAGCUUGAACUGGGGCGUAUCUAUCACUUGUUUGGCCCCUUUGGCCAACAUCCAAUCUCCGGCGAAGCUAUGAUACGACAUGAUCAGACGGCUCAAAGCGACCUUGGUGCCCACACCAUCAACCGGCAAGAAAUUGCUGGUAACGCGUACAUUACUUCGAAAGGCAAGGUGAUGGAUGCCGAGUAUGAUAAUGUACACAAUUCAAAUGGAUCGUGGAAUCUCACUGUCGUAGCUGAACACGAGUUUGUUGUUCCUGAGCCUACCGAGGCCUUUGAUUUUGAGGUUAUCUAUUGGUUUGGGUAUUAUACCCCUCACGGCUCCCAGUGGAAGCGUAUCAAAAGUAAUGCAAUAAUGUCUUUCAGUGGCAAAUUGGUGGGCAAAGACCCUGCGUCAGGUCGUUUCAUUGUUGAUGUCAUUGAUUACGCUUUCAUCGAAGUGUAA